UGCUCUGACUCUGGUUCGUGACAGCAUCACUGAGUGAAAGUGCCCUCACUAGACAUUCAAUUCAUCAUCGCCAACCUCUUCCCACGAGCAUACAGAUCCACUGGCCAAGGUAUUCGCACAAACUGUCAAAGCAGCACUAUGAGAUUGCCCAGUAGGCGUGACUUUUGAUCGAAUCUUUGCUUGCUAAAACCCUCAGCCUGAUGCCGCCGCUCGCUUGACUCUGCGACCCUGGUCAACUGACGACACAAUGCCACCUCACCGCAUGAGCAGCAGAACAUUCUGCGAAGUGCUCCUUCAGCAUUUCUCCUACUUCUCCCACCCUCCUUCUCUUCCUCCACCUCAACCGCCGCGAUUUCGAGGACAAGCAUGCCGGAUGCUGGUCACGCCUUCUUCAAAGAUCCUGCCUCUUCUAAUACUUCCUGCCGUUCUCACACUUCGGAGAUCGCCAGAUAAUAUUCUUUGAAGACCUCCAAAAGAUCAUGGAUGGUGCCUAUCCAAUCUGCUCAGAGAUCUCAGAAUACUCUUUCCUUCCACCUGCACACCUCCAAAACGACUGUGCUGUGUGCAAGCAGAGCGAAUUUGGUGCCAAUAAUUUGAGAUUUCUUCAAACUUGAGCUCCUCAACGCUCACCAGACAAGACCAAAAGCAAGUACGGCCACUGUCCAGGAGACGAACCAUGAUGCCCGCAGCUAAUCCGACAUCAUCAAGCCUAGCCGCUACAAGCGCCUCUCCUCCGAUGCUUGCGCCAACCACCCCUGGUGUACAUGCUAAAGACCAGCAUUCUGUCCAUAGACAGGGCAAGAAACGUGGAAAUGAUUUCGGGGUCCCAAAUGGACAAAGGGCGGGACCAAGUCCUUCUUUCUCGGUCGGCAUACCCGCGGCCUCCUCUCAACUCCCUACGCCUCAACAUUCGCCCAUCACGCCGGACACCAACGUCCUGACUAGACAGCUCGAUCACGCACUUGCGGUGACCAAUCCUCAAACCUAUAGCAUGGUCGAUGAAUUCAGAAUUGCUAGGUUACUCGAGGCUUGCAAGGACAAUGAUGUUUUCUUCAUCGUCACACAUGUCAUAUUCUGUGCUUGGUCUUGUGACCAGCAUCAUACUGUUCUCUCACAACUUGGUCUAAAUCAGAGCCAUGUAUUCGGGCUGAUGACCUUACAGCACUUCCUGCAUUCAAAUCAGGGGCUAAGUCAGGAAGUAGCUGCCGUGUUGUCUCGAUUCCCAAUGUCUCUACAUCUAUACUUAGGAGGUACUAGUCCACAAGCUUUGGUUCUGGCUGGUCAAGUGAACCGGGUCAAGCGGUUUCUGUCUACACUGCAGCAGAAUUGGACUACGAUUUGGAGCUUGUUUUCUCAGCGAGAGUGGCCUCCUUGUCCAAUUCAGAUCAAGCAUUCACUGCAGCUUCGAUCCGUGACUCUGGAAAAGUGCGUGUACAUGUACUUUGUCACUAUGAGACCAACUGACCCACGUUGGUUCAUGAUAGCUAUGAGGCUCUUCGACCAAGCUCUGAAAGACCCUGCGCAAACACCCCUUUCAGUUGACGAGCUCGGAACGGUAGAUGAAAGCCAACUAUCGAAAUCUGCAAACGACUUCUACAAAAAAUACUGUAUUAACUUGGGAAAUUUUCGUUCUGGGCAGUAUCAACAUCUUCCAGGUCAGCCAUUACAGCUUCAAGGUCAGCCAUUACAGCGUCCAGGUCAGCCAUUACAGCGUCCAGGAUAUCCCUUACAGCUUUCAGGUCAGCCAUUACAGCCUCAAGAACAUCCAUUGCAGCCUCAAUUACAGCCUCCAGGACGUCCAUUACAGCCUCCAGGUCAGUCAUUACAGCUUCAAGGUGAGAAUACUCAAGUCUCCGCCUUGGCUUCAUCCAGGGUUGGACAGCAAUCACCUGUGCAUGUUAUGCAGCAAGCAGGCCAUCUGAUCAAUCAACAAGCUGGUGUCGGCUGGCCUCAGGUUAGAAUACUGCCCAAUGUUGCUAGGCCCAUCCGUUCUAGCCAUAGCCACGUGGCACAGCUUCCUUUGAGAGAACAUCAAAAUCAGGCUCCCAGUACGAAUACUGUGACAACGACCGCCCAUUCUAUAGAGAACCCUUAUCGUCUAUCAGGACAGUUUCUUCCAGUCAAUCAAUAUACCAACCAUCAGCCUCAUUUUUACACUUUCAGUCAGUCUCAAGAGGGACCUAACAGCUGUGUCCAGGCUCAAGUAGGGGCACAGAUGCCUCAAACGACUUCCACGGGGAUGACUCAAGAAGAGGUACCUCAUGACCUCUUAUUUUGGCGAGAUGGGAACUUUACCCUACCGGUGUUUGCCGUCCCGGACCCUGAUCGUUAUGCGCUACAUCAAGCCCAUUUGCGCACACCAACUAUGGACAAGGUCGACCCUGUGGCUCGUAUUAACCAGACCAAGUGGUAUCAAUACGUGGAGACUAUUAUCAGUCGUUCUAAAACUCUCGAUGUUGACUCACCUAUGGCUCAAUGGACCUUUGAAGUGCCGGAACAGUAUUGGGCAAGAAAGACACAGGGUGAAGAAGUGAUCGGCGAUUCCUUUACGAAGCAUCGGAAGAUUGUCAAUGGCAGCACGCAAUUUAGGUUGAAGUCUAUAGGAUCAGAUAAAAAGCAGACUGUACAGGAGAUUUCCAUGUCGGAGUACUCUACGCGACCAACCCAAUGGCCACCUCAUCUCUCAGCCUCCGUGAAUGGCGACAUGGGUAUUGAUUUCCGACGGAAAGUCCAUUAUAGUACUGACCUUCCAACUGAUGUGACCGACGUUCUGCAAAAAGGCGUUAACGAGGUAGUAGUUUGCAUCAAUUUCGACCCAGGAGAUCGUCCAAUGUCCUAUUUGAUGGCAAUAGAAGUCAUCUCUGUGGCUCAUAGGGAGGCAAUCCGAGCAAUGGUUGGACAGGCUGAUGCAGCAGAGGUUGUGGCGUCAAUAGUCGCAACACUCCGACCCACCCCUGGUGCCGGUGACGACGAGGACCUGGUCGUCGCACAAACAAGUAUCAGCAUUGAUCUUGUGGACCCGUUUAUGUCAUGUAUUUGGUCAACCCCAACUCGCAGCAAAGCGUGUCGACACCGUGAAUGUUUCGAUCUCGACGCAUACCUGGACGGUCGUACAGACCAAGGGGGUGUAACAAAUCCAGACCAAUGGAAAUGUCCCAUCUGCAAGAAAGAUGCCAGGCCCCAGAUGCUGGUCGUUGAUGGCUUUCUUAGCAAUGUCCGGAAAGAUUUGGAAGCCGUGGGCAAGCUGGAUACUAGAGCGAUUAUCGUCUCUCGUGAGGGCACAUGGGAAAUCAAGCCUGAGUCAUCAACUCAAGCCAAGAAAAGAUUCAAGAACAGCACGCAGACACCCGAUUCUCACACUCACAGGGCUGGAACGCCAGAAGAACUCUCCAGAGUGGCUGGUGAACCAAGUCCAACAACAAAACCUGAACCAGACAUUUUGGUUAUUCUUGACGAUGACGACUGACGAAUGAAUGACUAACGUCGAGACGCUACGUUGCACGAACGUCAUAUCAACGGCGGAAAAGGAGUUGCAUGAGCGAUGUUGAUCUCUGCUUUUUUUUUAAGGAUGAAGGAUGACAAGAAGCCAAGAGAGCACGUCGAUGAUAUACUACCGUGACUCUGGUGUUUGGUGUUUUUUUUUUAGUUCCUGGAGUGAAUGAUGGAUGAGAAGGUUACUGUAUCUGGGGCUCAUGGGUUUUGGAUUUGGAAAACAGGGAAGGACAGGGACAUCUUUUGGGACGAUGCUGGAUGAUAAUGGGACGACUUUUUUCGUGGUAGAAAACGGAUAUUCUAGAUGAAGACGAGCUAUCUUUUUCUUGCGAGCAGGAUUGCUGCAAUAUGGGGGAUUUUCGGAACACUAUGUUUAGACACGUACUUGAUUGCAAUGAGAACAUGACACAUUUCGAUUGGAGGGGAAGGGGGAUUUGGACAAUGAAUGUAGUGCGAUUUACGAAA